AUAUGUCAAUAACCCGUGACUUGUGACGUCAAGACACGGGAUAGACAUCCUGAAAUACACAGGUUUCCACCUGAAGAGAGCAUUCUCAAACCGAUCGCGGAGGUAACACACUACCCAGGAUUUUUUUGAAUAUUAUAUUUACCAACAACAAAGAAUUAAACAUGUCGCUGUACCCAACUUUAGAGGAUAUGAAGGUGGACAACAUGGCCCAGGCACAAAGGCAGCAUGAGGCAGCCAUUCAAGGCAACACACAACCACAGCAAACUUACCCACAGCAGCAGCCAGCACUGGUGUACCCCCAACAAGGGGCAAGUGGAAGCAUGUACCCCUCUCUACAGAAUGAAUACAUGGGCAUGCAGCUUACCCCCCAGACGUACCAGCAAUACCAGGUCGUACCACAGCAACCUAUGCCAGUUGGUGUUAGACAGACAGGUACAGGCCAGACACAGGUCGCCCCCAUCACUGGAAACAACAAGGGACUACAGCGGGCUGAGAUUAAACAGGGCAUCAGACAGGUGAUUGCUUGUAAGGAUGCCGACAACAAGAUUGGGCUCCGACUACGACAUGUCAACAAGGGACUGUUUGUGGCAUUAGUACAGGACAACAGUCCAGCUGCCCUGGCAGGUCUCCGUUUUGGCGACCAGAUUCUACAGAUCGAUGAACAGGAUGUAGCAGGAUGGGACACGGAUAAGGCCCACAAGGUCUUGAAAAACGCAUCACCUGACAGAAUUGUGUUUGCUGUUAGAGACAGACCAUUUGAGAGGACCAUCUCGAUGCAGAAAGACAGCAAUGGCUACAUUGGGUUUGUCUUCAAGGAUGGAAGGAUCAAGUCUCUGGUGAAGGAUUCAUCAGCAGCAAGAAAUGGUGUCCUUAUAGAUCACCAUCUCAUCGAGGUGAACGGUCAGAAUGUGGUGGGACUUAAGGACGAUAAAGUUGGAGAGAUCUUUGAUGCUGCUGGAAGGACAGUUACCAUUACAAUUAUGCCAACUUUCAUCUAUGAACACAUUGUAAAAUGCAUGGGCAACAGUAUAAUCAAGAAACUGAUGGAUCAUUCUAUCCCCGAUGUGUAAACACCUCAGCAGCGGAAGUGAAAAGUCUUCUUAAUAACAAACAAUAUCUGUACAUUAUGUAUUGAUGUGUCUGUGCCCUGGAGGAGGAAGUGAUUUUUGUCUUAACGGGUGCAUGGCUCAGACCAUUACAAAACCUUCUUCAAUCUUGUCGACUUGGUGAUCAGACCAAAGCCAGGAAUUAUUUCAUUCAUUGUACAUUUAACAUGUGACUUUUGCAUUUGUCUCCAGCUUUUUGUUUUGUAGGACCUUGUACAACUUGUGUAUUGCUUAACUAAAUGCCUAUUGUGAUGUUGGUGAUUGUUUUCUGUGAUCCUAGAGUAGACAUACAAUGUUACACCAUGCAUGUAAAUGGUAGAAAUGAAACUCUGUAGAAGACAAUAGGCCAAUAAGUAUUUUCCUGUUUUCUGUGCCUGACCAAGCCUUACUCUUGACAAAUGUUAAACUUCGUUCAAAUCAGAUCAAAUCAGAACUUUCAUCUUGUUUAGAUAUUUUAAAAGCUUUUUCUGCUUGUGUACCCUAAAUAUCUUAGAACAGAAUAUGGGAACACGUUUGUUGGCCUUAAAGCAUGUUUUAUAUUUAUCAUUUUUAUCCCAUUUGAAUUCACUAUUGACUUCUUUUAAUUCAGUAGUUUUAUUUCCAAUGUGGCACACACUAUCAAUCAUAGGGAUAGUCAGAGGGAUAUGAAAGAAAAGUCUUUUUGAAUUGGAGCUUUUAAAAAGUUUGAUCAUUGAGACUGAAUGAAAGAAUAUAAGUAAGAAAUGGAUGAGUUCAGUUACAGAAAGCAGUGUGAAAAGUAGAGGAAAUGUCAUUUAUAGGUCAAUGAAUAGCUGGCUUGUGUAUGAGAGAAAUAGUGAGGAGAAUUGUAAUUUGCUGCUCUUAUUAAAAUUGGGACUUAUCCAUAUCAGAAAAUAAAAUCCUUUUUUCCCAUCUACUGUACAUUUCAGUGCCCAAGUCUUUUUUCUAGAAUUUAGACAAUGUUAAAUUCUGAAACACUUUUGAAAAAAAAAAUCUGCUUUGUACCUGAAUGUUUUUGAGAACUGAGGAAACAUUGCAUGUGUAUCUAAAUGUGUCAUGAUACAAAGGUGACAUCACUCUUUACCAAUACUUCAGGGGGUUUUAUUCGGUGUAAAACCCUAAUACCACACUUUAACACUGUAAAUAUUUACCAUUAAUCAUUACGUUAAAAUGAUAUCUAUUUUCGGUAAUGUUUGAUGACUCUGAUAGUAGUUAAUCUUGUUUGAUCAUUUGUUCCAUUAUAAAUUACCGGAUUUAUCCAUCAGUAAGCCCAUUGCUUGAUAAUUUAGGAUGCAACAUUGCAGUUCAGUAGAACAAGUGUUAUUUCAUUGUACUGUACUGAGCUCCUCUCCACUACUUUCAAUCAAAGGUUAUAUAUAUGUUGGGGUUUACUGCAGGAUAAAUACAGCUCUAACACCAUGAAUAGUAAGUUUACAAUAUAGAUCUACCGGGUAUUUCUGGUUUAAUGCUGAUGUUUUCUACAAGACAAGUCUCUUUCUGAUAGAGAAAUAUUGACAUAAAAGUUUCAUACCAGUAAUUAUUUUGUCUUAGUUCUACUCUUGUAUACGACUCAAAAAAGUUGUAUAAUGAUUUGUUAAUUAUUAAGAUAUAUAUAUUAUGCAUUAUUAAAAUAUUUUCUGUUAUUUGAUACUGCCUUUCUUAAUUGUUUGUGGUUGAUGAUAUUUUUAAAAUGUACAUUGUCAUGUAUUGUUAUUUUGUUUUGAUCGUUAAUUCACUCGUCUAUUCAGUGAGUUGUUGAAUAGUUAAUUCACUCGUCUAUUCAGUGAGUUGUUGAAUAGUUAAUUCACUCGUCUAUUCAGUGAGUUGUUGAAUAGUUAAUUCACUCGUCUAUUCAGUGAGUUGUUGAAUAGUUAAUUCACUCGUCUAUUCAGUGAGUUGUUGAAUAGUUAAUUCACUCUUCUAUUCAGUGAGUUGUUGAAUAGUUAAUUCACUCCUCUAUGCAGUGAGUAGUUGAAUAGUUACUUCAAUACUUUAUUCAGUGAUGUGUUUAAUAGUUUAUUCAAUACUAUAUUAAGUGAUUUGCAUAAUAUCUUAUGUUCUAUUAAACAAUUUCAACAUGUUUUGCACAAAGCAGAUUUUAGUUUGUUUGCCCUGUAACAUGUGUGCACAAAUGAAAUUAGGCAGAUAAGCAACAGAAACCCAGAAAUAGUCUGAAAAUAUAACUUGAGGUCAAGGGUUCAGUAACCUGAGUCUGAAAAUAUAACUUGAGGUCAAGGGUUCAGUAACCUGAGUCUGAAAAUAUAACUUGAGGUCAAGGGUUCAGUAUCCUGAGUCUGAAAAUAUAACUUGAGGUCAAGGGUUCAGUAUAUAUCCUGGAUGGAUGCCAUUUAGUCUGAUCAGAAAUUUGUCGGCUUAGAGAGUGUUAAUUACAGAACAGAGAUUCUAAUAAGGCUACCAUAUCAUGUUUGAGGUUUAUAUUGAUUCGCCAGAAAUACACCACAGUAAUUGUGUUACGAUGGUUUUGGUAGGAGUAUACAUAUUCCGAAAAUAUACUUUAUUAUUUCAUGUAACAAGAUAUUUCAGCUUUCAUGAAAUUUGAGUAUUGUGAAAAAAUUAAGGUCACAUGUUGAAAAUUAUUUUCAGUACAUUACUGUCAUUUACUUACCUUUGAUAUGUACUCAUUUUUUAUUGGUCAAAAUAGGUUAUCCUUCUUAAUAUCUAGUUACAGUUGACAAAAUAUAUAGACAUAAAUCUUACUUUCUAUACUCACUGUAAAUCACUCACAUUUCGCAUGGGAUCUAUUUUGGUAUUAAUACAAAGGGAGAGUCAAUCACAAGGUCAAACCCCUGGCAGUUAUUUGUAAAAAUAACAUCUCUGGAUGGCAUCCAUUUCCUUUGAUUAUAUAUAUAUGGUUUCGCAUAAUCAUCAAUAACUCAUCUCACUCUCCAAACAUAGAAGUAUUGUGUGGAAUGUUCACAUUUGUAGGUUUUUUCUGUCUACAUACUACAGUAACUACAAUUCUAUUCAGUUAUUGUGUGAGCUACCCUGUACACAGGUAUGUACCUGUGUCACAUGACUGUCGGGUAUAGUCACAUGAUGCUCAAAACAAAAUGGCGGCCAAUAAGAAGUUAUCAGUUAGCGAUAUAGGAGUCUUGCAGAUUUAAUGUUUCUAAUAGGUCAUCACUUGCAAAUUUCCCCUGAUGCAUAAUUUUUCACAGACUAAUAUUUUGUAUUCAAUCCAUUUUUCAUGUAUCUGUUCUUCAGGAUUUAUCCUCAAUUCAAUAUGCUGAAAAACAAUUUAAAUAACAAAAUGAAAUGUGCUGGAUACCGAGGCCAUAGUGUUUGACAGAUCUUUUGCAUGUAGUGUGAUUAAAUAUGAUUAUGAAUGUAUUUUCUUAUUUGAUAAUAAAACAAAAUAUUAGAUAAUUUUAA